GCAAUUGGAAAGCAGAUCAAAACGCGGGUGCGGGGACAAGUCGAAAUUUGAAACUUGAAAGUUGCGUCUGACGGACUUGCACUCCUCAGUUUCAACUCACCAUGGAAGAGACCGGAUUUCAUCCUGAUCUAAUUCACGCCAUUUUCAAGCUCGAGUGGAGCAGAAGAUCACUUGAGCGCGAGAAAAACGAGAAUCCGGAUGCUAUGGAUUGUGAGGUUGACGCUGGGGCUGGAACAUCCAAGAAAAGCAGGCCGAUGUCAGCUAAUGCAAAUGCUCUUAAAUUGAGCUCUAAACUUGUACAAAUUUUUAUCUCAGAGGCUGUGCAGCGCGCUGCAACAAUUGCAGAAGCAGAAGGUAUUGGCAGAAUUGAACCCACUCAUUUGGAGAGAGUUCUUCCGCAGUUAUUACUGGAUUUUUGAGGAGGACCAAGCAGCUAAUGAUUUAUCAUGAUUGGUAAGUAAUAGAAAGACGAGCCCUUAUUUUAUGAAGGAAGAAUAAAAGAUCGAGAAGCAGAAAAAUAGAAAGGCACAAAUAUGAAUUUCCUUGAUCAAUAUUUUAUACGUCCAGGGAUUUUUUAGGGCAGAAAAGUUAAAAGCCACCAGAGUAUGAAUGAUAAAUAUGGUCUAUGGUUGCAGAUAACGACCAUUAAAAUGCAAUCCAGUCGGUUGUUUUAUAGGUUAUGCUAACUAUUUUAGAAAUGUUUAAUGAGAUUGAAUAAA